AUGUCCUUCAAGGAAUUCAUCAAGAGGCGCUCGCUCAAGGCCGACGACAGUCGCCGGACGCGAGCAGCCGAGUUGACUCUCCGCCAGUCCAUCUAUCCCAUUUGCCUGGUCACCGUUCUGUUCUUCCUCUGGGGUUUUAGUUACGGUCUUCUCGACACGCUCAACAAGCAUUUCCAGGUUGUUCUUGGCAUUAACCGGUCCCGUUCUGCAGGUCUGCAGGCCGCCUAUUUUGGCGCGUACCCUCUGGCGUCAAUUGGUCACGCGGCAUGGAUUCUCCGACAUUACAGCUACCGGGCCGUUUUCAUCUGGGGCUUGUUCCUUUAUGCACUUGGAGCUUUGUUGGCCAUCCCCGCGCUCAAGCAACAGAGCUUUGGCGGAUUCUGCGCGUGCAUCUUCAUUAUUGGCAACGGCCUGGGCUCGCUAGAGACGGCAGCAAACCCAUACAUUACGGUUUGCGGCCCACCACGAUAUUCCGAGAUUCGAAUUAAUAUUUCACAAGCCUUUAAUGGCAUUGGUACUGUCAUUGCGCCUGUGCUGGGAUCUUACGUGUUCUUCAAUUUUAGCGACGAACGCGCACUGGCCAAUGUCCAAUGGGUGUACCUUUCCAUCGCCGUCUUUGUACUGUUGCUCGCUUUCUUAUUUUUUAUGUCUGACAUUCCAGAAAUCACUGAUGCAGACAUGGAGUUCCAAGCAAAGGAAACGCACGCGGGUUCCGCCGAUAAACCAUUCAUUAAACAGUACAAAUUAUUCCAUGCCGCCUUUGCUCAAUUCUGUUACACGGGCGCUCAGGUGGCCAUUGCUAGCUUCUUCAUCAACUACGCGACGGCUACUCGCCCGGGCACAUCCGACUCACUAGGGUCCAAGUUCUUUGCCGGAGCACAGGCAGCUUUCGCAAUUGGACGAUUUACCGGUGUGGGUCUUAUGAAAUAUGUCCGGCCGCGGUGGGUGUUCCUUGCUUUCAUCUCUUGCUGCGUCAUCUUCCUCUGCCCAUCCUUGACACAGCGUGGCAACACCGGCAUGUCAAUGCUGUACGUUGUCUUGUUCUUUGAGUCUAUUUGUUUCCCUACCAUUGUCGCACUCGGCAUGAGGGGUCUGGGUCGACAUACAAAGCGAGGCAGCGGGUACAUUGUCGGUGGUGUCGUUGGCGGUGCCGUUGUCCCACCAGCAACUGGUGCCGCGGGAGAUGCCUUCGGCGACGGCUAUGCAAUGUUCGUGCCACUGAUAUUCAUGGUAUUGGCCACGACGUACGCCGUCUGUGUCAAUUUUGUCCCUGCAUACAGGAACGUUGUGGAUUCAUUCGGAGAAACUGAGGUGGGCAUUGUACACCAUGGAACAGAUGAGGAGAAUAUCGAAUCGACAUCGAAUGAAGAGAAGCCACACGGGCACGGGCACCAUGAACAGGGACAUACAAACGGAAAGAAUCUAGAGGCCAAUGCUGCUCUGGCUACGGCGCCAAAAGAAUCAUAG